GUGUACAGUUUCUUCAGUCCCGGUCCUCAUUUCUCCACCCUGGACAUGGAUUCUCGCCGUCCUGGGUGUUUAGUGAAGACAUCAAGACAUCACCACCACCAACACCACCGCAACACCAUAACACCACGACGCGUCAUCCGUAACUAUUACAAACGAGUUAGGCAAAUCUAGUCACACACAAGGAAACUAUAUAUCAAAAUAAUAGCAAAAGUUUUGGAUGCGGUACGACGCUUUGGGCGGGCGGGGCGGCAGCAGCUGAUUCGAUAUUGUUGUAAGCGGCAAAGGUAGUGACGAGCGAGCCGCACGGGAGGGUGGUACUGCGCCUCGACCGCUCCCCUCGGAUAAAGUGACAGGUUUUUGGGCUGAGAAUUAAUGAGAAGUGGCGGCAAUAGACGGGCGCAAACGUGUGUGUGUCCGCCGAAGGUUGAGGCAGCGUGCGAGCCCGGCGGGGAGAGGCUGGGAAAGGCGGAAGAGUGAGAGGGAGAGGGCGUGUCAUAGCUAGCUGGCCAUUUCGAAGCUCCGAGUGACGGGCCGAAGCACACCUUACGCCCACGCCCGUGAAGCGAAGCCGCCUCAAAUACCUGGCAAAAAAAGAAAGGAGGAGGAGGAGAAAAGAAAAAGUAAUUGAAAGUCUAAAUAAAAAAAACGCAAUUAUAAAAAAAGGGGAGACUAGUGGAAUUACUGAUAAAAAAAGGAAUAUAAGAAAAUAACGAAAAGUGUAAAGAAAACGUGAAUUGUGAGAGAAAAACGAAAAACGUGUGGUGACCAGAGAGAGAGAGAGAGAGAGAGAGAGAGAGAGAGAGAGAGAGAGAGAGAGAGAGACCCAAUUACCCUUACUUUCCCUAUCCCUACCCUUCCCCUCCCUGUUACCGCCCCGUAAGCCGUUGACCCCAACCCCCUCCCUCUCCCCCGGCCUGAGGUGACCUAGGAGGUGGGGUCAUGCACUAAGCGAGGUCAUGACGGCUAAGGUGGCGGGCGUGGUGGUGGUGGUGGCGGUGGUGGUGGUGUGUUGGGGCACAGGGCAGGCAGCGUCCGCCCCCUCCGCCCCACCACCCAUUCUCUCCCUUCCCUAUUCCCCCUCCUCCUCCUCCUCCUCUUCUUCCUCCUCCUCUUCGGUGUCUGUGGGCAAGAACGGUCUUCGCAAUGCCAACAGUCUCAGCAGCGUAGGCAGUGGUGUGAAUAAAGACAAGUUACCUUUUGAAGCUGUUUUUCAAGGGCUGUGUGAAAACAUCAAGCUUUGUGAUCAGCUCUGUUACAACCUCCACGAUGGGACCUUUGAGUGUACCUGCCAUCAGGGAUAUACUCUGGAUGCUGACGGAUACAGCUGCACCCGCAUGAACUACAGCAAGCUUGAGUCCUCGAUCCUGUACGAGAAAGAGGCGUCGUUUGUAGCAGUGCUGGAGGAUGACGAGGCGGCGGAGGACGACGACAAAGACGCCAGCCUCCUCCAAGGGCGCCACGACUCCUCUUCCUCCUCCUCCUCUUCCUCCUUGGAUGACCAGGACGUGGAUAACCAGCUGAUUGAUCGCGCGGAUAUUCUCAACUAUGACAGGUAUAAGAUGCUUCGGGACGGGCAGCAGCAGGAGGACGUGGACCCUGCCGUGCUGCAGGAGUUGGAGGGGCGCUAUCUAACCUCGCCGGGGCCCAACCUAGAACAGAAGGUGCCCUCAGCCCUGCCUAACCUCAGGGCCACGCAGAGCCUCACAUCCAUGUGCCAGCUGGAGUGUGGCCUGGGGCGGUGCCAACUGGACGCGGCCGCCGGGGUGCCACGCUGCCUCUGUCCCCUGGGGCGCGGCGGGCGAUACUGCCAUCCGGGUGUGCAUAUAGAGACAGCGCGGUUCCACGGGUCGUCGUGGGUGGGGUUCUCGCCGCUGCGGGAGGCAUACCGUGACGUGCAGCUGACCCUGGAGUUCAAGCCGGAGGGCGGCGAGGGUGUGCUGCUCGUGUCUGGUGAGAAUGACGACCUCUCCGGGGACUUCAUGGCGGCCGUGCUGGUGGGCGCCUAUGUCGAGUUCAGGUGGGACUGUGGGUCAGGGGCGGGGUCAGUGCGUUCCCCCGAGGCAGUGACCUUGGGAGAAUGGAACCGGCUAACCGUGUAUCGUCACCGCUGGGAUGUGUGGCUGCAGCUCAAUGAUGGACACCAUGUGCAAGGCCGUUCCGAGGGUCUGUUUUCUCGGAUCACAUUCCGAGAGCCGCUGUACGUGGGUGGCUCUAACAACUUGACAUCCCUGGCACCACGGCUGGGUGUGACGGACGGCCUGCGUGGGUGUGUGAGGCGCCUGCAGGUCAACGAUCAUGUUUACAGGUUCCGGCGCAGCGACCCUCUGCGGGAACCCAACCUGUCUGCUGACUAUGCUGCGCUGGACGGCUGGGGCAUCACGGAGUGUAUUGGGGAUGCCUGCAGUGAGGUGGAGUGUCAGCAUGGAGGAAAGUGUGUUGCCUCCACCCCUCCACCCCCCACUGCCCUCCACAACCAGUCCUCCCACACCACUCCCACCCCACCACCCUUCUUUGCCCCACCCACUCCCACCCCCACCUGCCUCUGUCCCCUAGGGUACUCUGGGGAAUACUGCGAGAAGCAACUGAAUUUAGAGGUUCCUUCCUUCAAUGGCUCCUCCCACCUGGUGUUCCCUGCACUGGGCGGCUCAGUGCUGUCCUGGCUGGAGGUGGAGCUGGUGUUCCGUGCAGCCUCUACUGAGGGCGUGCUGCUGUACGAGGGCCACCGGUCAGAUGGAACAGGGGACUUCAUAGCCUUGACCAUUGCACAAGCUCAUGUCCUCUUCACCAUUGACUUAGGCUCUGGCGUGCUGACCCUGAGGUCAGAGUACCCCAUCCGGCCAGGUGUGUGGCACUGGGCACGGGUGUCUCGGACGGGACGGCGGGCGUGGCUGUACGUGGAUGACCAGCCGGUGGUGAGUGGCCUGACCCCUGGCGGCUUCACCAUGCUGUCCCUCUCCCAUCCCCUGUACCUGGGCGGGGUACCACCCACCUCCGCCACACAGCCCAUCCUGCCUGCUGCCCUACCCUUCACUGGCUGUGUGCAGAAGCUGGCCCUCAAUGGCAGACCAGUGCAUCUGGUGUCAGGUGCCGUGUCAGGCAGCAAUGUGGCAUCCUGCGACCACCCAUGCUCUCAGCGGCCCUGCGACAAUGGGGGCGUGUGUGACCCUCAUGGUGCCUCCUACUCCUGCCGGUGUCCCCUCGGCUUCAAGGACGCGCACUGCCAGAGCCGCGUGGUGACCCAGGCAGCCACACCAAGCUUCAGUGGACGAUCCUUCCUCAAAUAUGACGACCCUGAGAUUCUGAAAAGAGUCUCCGGGGACAAGCUUCACCUGUGGCUGCGGUUCCGGUCAGAGGCGCCGGAUGGCCUGCUGAUGUGGGCGGGGGAGGGCCACAUCACCAGCAGCCUGGGGGGUCUGCUGGGGCCACCUCCUGGGGACUCCCUCACCCUGGGGCUGCAGGAUGGCCGUCUCUCCCUCUCCUACAACCUGGGCUCUGGAUUUGCACACCUGACCUACAACAACACAGGCAGGCUGGAUGAUGGCCAGUGGCACACUGUCAGGCUCAGCAGGUAUGAGCGAGAGGCGCGGGUGUGGGUGGACGGCGGCGAGGUGGGCGUGGUGCUUGCUCCUGGUGACCUGGUGCAGCUGAAUCUUGACUCAGCAUUGUUCAUAGGCGGCCGCGAGGUGACCCCGAGGAGCAGUGGCAGCAUGCCUGGCCUGCGUGGCUGUGUGGCAGACCUCACCCUGGCCACCGACUACCAUGUGGACCUCAUCACGCAGGCCGCUGCUGGCCAGAACAUCGACUACUGCUGACCCCCGGCUGGACCAGACUGGGGGGGUGGUGGUGGUGGUGGUGAUGGCAGCGGCGGCCUCCAGGCCGGGGGCAGGAGGGGGCUGUGAGGGGGCAGGGGGCUGCAGAAGAGUUUGUGGCUGUAGAGCAGCAGUCAGCGGGAAGGAGUAGCGCAGGAUAUCAGGUCCGCAGGGAAGAAACCGUAGCCACAGGAUUAUCAAGUCUGUUGAUGGGCAAAACAUCUCUGGAGAAAUUAUUGACAAUAAAAUAACUUUCCAAAAAGCAAGUAGUUGUGAUAAACAGCAUAAACAAAACUUUCCAGCAAGUGAACACUGAGAAAAUUGAAGUGAAGGGAGCUUAUCAUAAACUUCCACAAACCAGCACAAAAAUAUGUUGCCCUCAAAUUGAGUUGCCAAGCAAUAUAUGUUGAAAAAAUACUGCAUUUACCGAGAUCAAUUUAAAAAGAAAGUACAAGAACACUUGCAGGUGACACGUUACAACAGAAGAAGGAACGGCGGCUACAGACUCUGAACAGUAACUUGUGCCAGUCUUGGUGGGCAGAUCCAGCAGCCUGAACUCUGCCCCUGGAAGGAACCAUGCCACCACACCCCACUGCAGGAGGAGGAGAAGGGCAUAUCCCCGGCCCAGCCACAGUGCGCAGGGAGAUGCACGUAGCUGACCCAGUAACCUUAAUACAUCUCAUAGUAAUAAUAACUUAGCUGUGUAUCAUGAAGGUGAGGACUCUCUGGCCCUCGCCGCCAGAAAGGUGUGAAGAAGCUUAGAUUACUUUAGCACGGCUGCUCCCAGCAAGGCAGCGGCGGCAGCAGCAGCAGCAGAGAUGGCAGCAGCAGCAGUGUCAGGCUUCGUAUGUCCGUGUGUCUUAGCAGCACAAGGCUGAGUCUGGGAGUCUUGUGUUCCUUGAAUGUUAGGGCCAACAAUUAUUACUAUUAUCAAUAUUAUUGGUUACAUUUGUUGUACAAACUCACGUCUUUGUUUUGUCUUAUGUUGGUUUCUAGUGACAUGUAGUCCUGUCAGUACCUAGACGUGCAGGUGUGUGUGCGUGUGUCACGCCAUGCCACACCAUGCCACUAUAUAGAUGGUUAUAGCAACCUGAAGUGUACACACACCACACCACACCACACACACACACAGUUUUGUAUCCCGCAGACCUACAGAUUGCUGUGCACGUAUCUGGCGGCCGCCACACACACACGUACAGUCGCUGUGCACCUUGUGUGUACCUUGCGCGUGUGUGCGUCUGUUUGAGUGUGUGCAACUGUGUGUAUAAAUGCUUACAUGUGUGUAUAUAUGUGUAUGUAAGCUUGUGGCUCUAUUAACUCAUAAAUAAUAACAAUAAUAACAAUAUUAUUAUCACACUUAGUAGAGAAAGUCACAGUGGAAUCAGUUGACUCAUUUUUUGUUCUUUUGAUUGUCAGAGAGAAAUAUCUUUACAUAAUUUGAGAUUCAAGCAGAGAUUACUCAUGAAUGUGUGUUUGUGUGCAUGCAUGUGCGUAUUUGUUUGUGUGCGUGUAGUGAGCACCUCUGCCUCUGACACACACACACAUACACACAUGCUCUCAUAUCACAUAAAUACUAACCACCACCACCACCACUACCACUACUACUACUACUUCUACAACACUCAUCAUCUCACCACUAAUCACCUCACCAUUACUACCACCACCACCACUACUACUACUACUACUACUAUUACUACUACUACUACUACAGAGAAAGAGAAAAGAUGUGCAUCCUUGUCCAUAGUGUUAAUUGACAGUAAAAUAAUAAUAAUAAAAAAAAUCAUAAAAAAUAUAAAAAAUAAAAAGUACCACUAAGAAAUGUGUGCCCUUGUCCAUAGUGGUUGAGUUAGGACACGUUCCACUGGACAGCAGGCGACCCACACCCCCAAUCCCCCGCUGGGCACACCUGUGGGGGCCAGUGAGUGUGGGCGGAGGUGGAAUGCUGCUCCUUCAGGGUAACUCUGUACAUAAAGCCUCUAUAAGGACACACCUGCAAAAAAAAAAAAAGAAAGUAUAUAUAUAUCCUUAAUUUUAAUUGCUACAUAGAGCGUUAGUGAACAUGUGAUUAUGACUUAAAUAUAUGUCCUUUGAAGGUAAUCGUCAGUGUGUGUAAAUUUAUUCUCUUCCUCAUUCACCCCCAUACUAUCUCUCUCUCUCUCUCUCUCUCUCUCUCUCUCUCUCUCUCUCUCUCUCUCUCUCUCUCUCUCUCUCUCUCCUGCAGCAGCAGAGCAGUCUUGCCUCCGUCUCUGCUGCUGUCACUCCACCAGACUGAACACUUGGAAAACUAUACCAGGAAAAGUCAACUUGAAGUGAAGUUCCCAAAGCAAUCCCUGUCUAACAAUCAACAUAUCAUUUUGUAAUAGUAAUAAUGACACUGAUAUUACUAUGUACUACUACUAUACUACUACUACUACUACUACUACUACUACUUAGUGGUUUAAUCAAGAAAAUAGUGCCUAUAUAUUUGUUUUUAUCUUACUUAUGUAACUAGGAAGGCACGGCAAGGCCCUGCCCGGCGUUGUUCUGUCUUAGGUCUGCGUGAAGCAACAAGUAUUGUGUUGGUGAUGCAUCGGUUCUGUGUAGCGGCACACGGUACUCCACUGCCUGCCAACACACGUCCUGCAGAGCACACUCAUGCACACACUGCCUGCCAAUCACCUGUUCCCAAGCACACACCACCCUGUCUAGUCACCACUGAACCGCUGAGGGCGAGUCUGUUAUCCCCCUGGGAGCUGGCAUCCCAUGUCAUAGUGCGUGUUGUUCAGACUGACCCAGUGUGACACUCAAGGCAGCACAUGCGUCUUGCACUGUGCUGACCUGUGCUGCUGAAUCUGUCCACUCCCUCCCAGUGUACUACUAGGAAACUCAGAGGAAUACUGUCCAGUGAACUCAUUCCCCUCAAACAAGUGUGAACAUCCACAAAGCCGUUCACACUCAAGAAAGACACAGACCUUACCCAACACACUGAGAGAUGCAGCCUUCCUGCAGCCUGUGUUGUGUCCCAUGAGCUGCAGGGUGUGACCUGCACCCAGGCACUCCACCACACCCACCAAACACUGGGUGAUCCAACAUGGUGUCCUAGCACUGCUUCCCUCUCCAUGGCCACAUCAGCAUCUGUGGAACAUCACCUUUCAUCAGAUAUGAAUUGUGUGUUCCAGUAAGCCACACCCUUGUUAAUAUGAAGGAAGAACAUCAGUGGUAUCAGUGACACCAACAUGCCACUGCAGCAGUGCCAGGCAGGGUGUUACUGCACCAUCUGUCUUUACUGCUGGGGUGCUCAGUGCUGGCUGAGGCUUGCUCUCUCUCACACUGAUAAUGACACACACACACACACACACAAGAAGGUAUGAUGAAUGGUGCAGCACAACAAAUGAACAAGAAAAGAAAACAUGCUUGGAAGCUGAAUUUGUACUAUAACCUUGAUUGUGUUUAUGGUCUGAUAUUGCAACCACUUUCUCACUCUCACUCCAAGGCCAAGAUAGUAGGAGCAGCAAAAGGGAUCUGAAGGCACAGUACACAAUAUGGGGCACACUCAGCAGCCCUCAGACCUGGGAUGGUAUGAGUCUUUCCCUAACACACCUUCCAGGAAAGACUAUAUUUCCUAUCACACCCCAAGUGCUGUCACUAAAAAUGUCAAAAGGCUACAGCAAGUCAAUGGUGCUUAAAACUGCAUUUGAUACUCAUAUUCUUCCAUAUGAUACUGAAAAAGUACUCAUCUCACCACCAGUUUCAACAAGAAUGUAAUAAAAGUCUGAUGGAAUGAAUGCACAUCAAACAAAAGAUGAAUCCAAUGUGAGGAAAAGCUUAUGAAAAUCUGCAUUAUCACUUGGCACAUAAAGGCCCACUGGUUACCAUCUGGCCCUUCACUGCAUCCUCACCUGACUGCCCCGACUCCAGGCAAGGUGCAGUCACCUUGGUCCUCGCCUUUCAUCUUCAGACACACACACACACACACACUGCAGCAAUACUUAUAUCAUGCAUCACUACACCAUCCUCUGUGCUGAUAAUACUAACUGUAUACAUAUCAGAGAGCAAUAUUAUGCCAAUGAGGAAAUACCUGUGCAUGGCUGUCACCUCUAACAUAACAUUCAGCCCACCACUGCAGUGACCCACCAAGCCAAACGUCAUGUUGGUGUGGGGAAUGAUAAUGCUGCUGUUUGGGCUUUGUUGUGUUACUAUAACUGUCUAGUCCAUCAUCCCUAAUGCUCAGGACCAGAAUGUUUUGGAUUUUGGAACACACACACACACACACACGCCUCUACUUAUGAAAAGAUUAUCAGAAAACUUAUAGUGAAAAUAUAUGUAUUGUAAACUCAAAGGGAUGAUCAUGUUAUACCUUACAAUACUGAUACAAACAAGCACACACAUCUUACAAUAAAAUUUUUUUUCCAGAAAAACUAUCAUAAAUUGAAAAUAAUUGUAACUUUGAAAAUAAUCACCAAAGACUGGUACUAUUAUUAUUUUGCUGAUACCACACAGUAAUACAAUUCAUGUAACUGUGCUACUGCUUUUGUGUUGCAUUGGUGUGGAAAUUGAAAUAAAUCAGGCCACAGAAAUGCAUCACUGAGGACUAUGCAGUUGUGUCAUUCUACUGAUAUCGCACACAGUCGCACAUCACUUGCAACUACUUUUGUCACAUCAGUAUGAAAGUAAAUAAAUCAUAAGCAUUAUCAGCACUCAAAACAACUUAUUCAAGGCAUCUAUACUGUAGUGUCCCAGCUAAAGACUCCAUGAGCUGUCACUAAGAAAGGCAGCAUCAGGCAUUACAACUAUGAAAGAAAGGACCUGAGAGAGUGAGCCUGUAUACCACUCAAGACCUGUGAAUGACCGAGUGAAGACAAGAGAGAGACAAGACAGCAUUAUACUCCUUCCACCUCCACACUCGCAGAAGGAAGGCCUCCGCUGUGCCCUCACCACCUCAAUGCAGCACACACAGACGAAGCACCAAGAUUUUAAUGCAACUAUUCACAGGAAGGUUUGGGGUUGGAGUGAAGGAAGCACCCCAACCACCUGCCUACCUGCCUGUCUGUCUGUCUAUCUGUCUAGACACUGCCAUACUGUCCUGGUGACCUUCCCACUACAAGCCACCUCCACCUUGCUAGUGUGAAAUGUGUUAUCAUGAAGAAAUACUAAAAUACUAUGGACAGUUUGUUGAUAGUAGAGAACCAUUAUAAGAUACUACCUACAACUUGUUGUCAAAGAAGGGCCACUGCAUUACUAAUGCUAGCUUAUUCAGUAAUAGUAACACAACCACAUGUGCAUUGUGACUUGAAGAAUAUGUGGUUUAUAAAUUUUAGAAGUAGUGAAAAGAAAUAAUUUUGCUCUGCCCCAAUUUACAACCACAGAAUCAAUGAUAAUUUAAAACAAAGUAAUGAAAUAAUUUUGUUGUACCCUGACUUAUAAAUGCAGAAUGAACAACACAAUGGCCACUCUUUGGUCAUGCCAGGGUGGAGGUGGCAGCCACUGCAGGGACAGGAGGACCAGACUGCUGCAGCACAGUUGCUAUUCACACGUCACACACACGUCCUGAGAAUGUCGUUCUCGCGUAUGGAGACUGAAUUUUUCUAUUGGUCAUGUAAUGAGCGAAUGUAUGUAUGUACUGCACUUGAUGGCCUGUUAGAUGCACCACAGUUUAAGCAGGAUUCUUCUUAAAAAUAGAUAAAUGCACCACAGUUUAAGCAGGAUCCUUCUUAAAAAUAGAUAAAUAAAGAACCCUGUUCAUUGCCUGAUAUUCUUGACUCCACAAAAUGUAGGUGAUUUCAGUUUCAUAUGUAUUAUGACUCAAUUAUUUUCCACAAAAAUUUAAGUCUACAUCAUUUUGAAGUUCCAUUACAUUAAAUUCUAUUCAAGUAUGAAGUGCCCCUCUCAAGCCAUCAAAUACAGUACAUUACAAUUCCAUCACAUUUUGUACUCAAGGUGACGACCAUUGUAGUGUGGAGGCAGAGGGAAGUGGUCAGGGUGAAAGCGUUAAAUGCCCCACACUGGCUGCUUCCCCUGCCAACACCCUCACCUGGUUCACCUGAACAGUAAAUAGGCAAUUUCAUUAAGAUGUUUUUUACUCAAGGUGAUGACCAUUUGCUGGGUGAAGGUGGAAGACAGUGGUGGUGGUGAAAGCAUUAUCUUGCCUCACACUGGCUGCUGCUUCUGCCAACACCCAUGCCUGGAUAAUCUAUACAGAAAUUUGUACAUCUGUCUCUCUCCAAUUUCAAAACGCUCGCAAAGUUGCUGGGAAAGAUGACAUCAUAAAACCUGACAUGUAUUUUUUUUUUUCAGCCACCUAUUCCCUAAAAAGUCACCUAAAGGUUUUUAAAAUGAAUCCAAGUUUAUGAGCACAUUUCUUAUCCACCUUCUUGAAUAAAAAAAAUAUAAAUGAAAUAAAAGUCGCAUGAAAAGAAGAACAUUGUAUAAACUUUAAUACAUAAACUUUUUUUUUUCCAUCUACCCACCACACACACAAAAAAUGGUCGCUAUAAGAAAGAUUAUAUUAAUGUACCUAAAUUUUUAUAUCUCCUUACAUCCCUUAAAAAAAAACAUAUAUAAAAAGUUACCAAGUUACUCUCUGAAAGAAAGAAACAUUGACUAAGUGUAAAAUUUAGAUACAAACUUUCCCCCUCCCAUUGGCCACGAGGUGAAUGGGACAGACUCACCGUAACUCUCACCACCUGAGUAACACCUCACCGCGCCCUCUCGCCAACAGCUGCAGAGCCAAGGGGUGUCUGGGCGCCCUCCACCGCCCCUUCCCUGCAUCUGUGAGAGGGAAAAGGACCAUAUUCUUACUUCUGCGCCCUACCUCCACUACUUUCAGAAGGCUAUACAUAGUAGAAGUUACCCGGGUUAUUAUUAUUUUUUUUUUCUAUUAUUCUAGUGACAGAUUAACAAGAUUUCUACAUUAUUAACAGAAGCACUCUUGAGAACCUGGCUGAUCAUCUCUGCGGCCUCUGGAAAUAGUCGUGGUUGGGAGCAGUUUCUGAAUACGGGCCAAAGAAUCAUUAGUAUUACCAUUUUUGUCCGAAGAAUCAAAUUGUUUGUUUGCGUACGUUACACCCCCGCCUGCAGACCUGCUGCCUCCCUCCCCAAGGGCGUGGCAGCACCAGGCACUCCACACUCACUGUACAGCAACAGAAAUAAACCCUGUGCCAUUUUA